CUUCUUCUUCUUCUUCUUCUUCUUGGUGUGGGUACACGAAGCAAAGUAGCGGACUUUGUCUUCUCCACGAUGUUUAUGGAGCUUUUUAUUCACACCUCUUGCAAUUUCGAAAUCCUAACUUUGAUUUCUCCUCCUUUACAAUCUCGUAGUCGUAACUUUGGUUCUAACUUUCUCUCCCUCCCUCCUCGCCGCGUAACCAUUUUCCCAGCUUACCAUGGUGGUCGCGUCGCUGUGUCAGCCUCGUUUCAGGACGGAGAUUCAAGCCCUAGCUCUAAUUCUUCGCAGACUAAUCAUGAGGACCAUUUCUCUCUCGCGCAGAAUUCCAUUUCUGGGUUUCUCCAACAAGAGGUUGGACUCUCCGAGGCCGAUUCAGAUUUCAUUUCUGAAAACUCUCCUAAAUACACGCGGAUGAUCGUAGAGGGUGUUAGGGAUUUGGAAGAAUGGAAUUCGUGGAAGGGGAGUGGAGAAUCAGAGGGUUUAGGGUUUAAAGAGAAAGUGAUAUAUAUGGUGAAGCAGAAGGGUGAUGGUGGCAAAGUUUCCUUCUUGGAGAGUCUCAAAUUAAGUUUGUCGUCUGCAAUGUAUUUGGCUCAUUACCUCUCCUCUGAAUCACUCCCGAAACUUCUCGAUAAGGUUAAGUACCUGAAGGAAAUAUUCUUUUCUGGCAGUGAUGAGAAAGGUCCUGUUGGAAAGUAUGCACGACGAAUGAUGCUCUACUUAUCCAUUCCUAUUGAUGAAGAUGUGCAGCAAACUCUAUCCUUUUUUGAAAAGAUUGAAGCAAGACGUGGAGGCUUGGACAUGCUGGGCUCUGUAGAUGCAUCUUUCAGAUUCUUAAUCGAGUCAUUCCCUCGGCUUCUGCUACUCUCAGAAGAAAACGAUAUGAAGCCUUUGGUAGAGUUUCUUGAAAGCAUUGGUAUUCCUAAAGAUUGCUCUGGAAAGGUACUUCUCUUGUACCCUCCUAUCAUGCUCAGCAAAACUGAGGAGAUUAAAAGAAGGGUAGCCGCAUCUCUGGAAAAGGUUAGUGCAGUGGAUAAGGAUUCUGGAAAAGUGUUGAUGAAGUAUCCGUGGAUUCUUUCACCGAGCAUACAAGAACACUAUUCGCACAUCGUCUCAUUGUUAGAGAGUGAAUCGGUGCUCAAAAUGGAUAUUGACCACGCAAUUAGGAGAUGGCCUUUACUCCUUGGUUGCUCAACGAGCAAUAUGAAGUUGAUGGUAAAGGAAUUUGAUAAAUUAGGUGUUAGAAAUAAAAGGAUGGGAAAGGUUAUACCGAAGAUGCCUCAGCUUUUGCUAUGCAAACCACAAGAAUUUCUCAAGGUUGUGUCAUUUUUGGAAGAUUUGGGAUUCCAAAAGGAAAUCGUGGGUCAAAUACUCUGUCGAUGUCCGGAGAUAUUUGGCUGCAGCAUCGACAAAACCCUGCAGAAAAAGCUCAUCUUUCUCACUCGUUUCGGUGUCUGCAGUACCCAUUUUCCACGAAUUAUAAAGAAAUACCCAGAAUUUCUCAUAUACGACGUAGAGAAAACAGUACUUCCUCGGCUAGAGUACCUGAUGGAUAUUGGGAUAUCAGAGAGGGAGAUUGCCUUCAUGAUUCGUAAAUUCUCACCGAUAUUAGGAUACAGCAUCGACAAAGUGCUUAGACCCAAGUUGGAGUUUCUGGUAAACAGCAUGGAGAAACCGGUUAAAGAGGUAAUAGAUUACCCGAGGUACUUCAGUUAUUCGCUGGAGAAGAGAAUAAAACCACGGUUUUGGGUACUCAAAGGGAAGAACAUAGAAUAUACAUUACACGAAAUGUUAGGAAAAAACGAUGAAGAGUUUGCUGCUGAUUUCUUGGGUUUAGGGGAGCUUCAAACUCACAAUGAAAGUGAAACCUCUUAGAUUAUAGGCUAAAAGUUUCUUUGAGAAAAUCACUGUGUUAUGAGAUUGGUGAUAUCUCUGAAGCUUCUUCAGUUUUGUUUGUAUCCAUUUGUUCAUAUAGCUGCUAGUGUAUUUACUUGUACUGUUCUUGUAUACAAAAUUGAAUCAAAGUCUACACUUUUUAAUAAGAAAAAAAUGAUGUUGAUAUUUCA